AGAGAAGUUCUACAGAAUUGCCCACAACCCCCGGUACCGGAGGACUGGUACAAUGCUGGUAUCAUAAUUAUGAUAUCACAGACUUGCAUGGUCCCUGCCAAGCCGACCUUCCCCAACCAACCCUGAUUGUCUUGCGACCACCACGCCUAUGGUACUCGUACAUCUCCACUCCUACUGCCCUCCAAGCCAUCAUGCCACCCAGCAUAAUUCCAAAAGCCUUCUUAUCCUGGAAGCUCCUCCUCCUCGCCAUAACCCUCCUAACACCGGCACCCUAUGACACUUCCACAUCCCUUGUCCUCCCAGCGCCAAAAACGCUCCUGCAGACGCUGCUACAGAAACUAACCCGCUGGGACGCAAUUUACUUCGUCAAAGCGGCCCAACGCGACUACGUCAACGAGCAAGAAUGGGUUUUUGGGUAUGGCUUUGUUAAAGCGAUUUGCGGAGUUCAUUGGGCACUCUCCCCGGCACUCAAGUAUAUGGACCUACCACAACCCUACGAUUACGCCCUCUCCGCUGUCCUCCUGGCGAACCUCGCGCACGCGCUAUCAACAGCAGUACUCUACGCCAUCACGCGAGAAGUCUUCCCUUUGAAUGGGAAAUUACCCAUUGUAGCGGCCCACUUGCACGUCAUUUCCCCCGCUGGACUCUUCCUUUCGGCGCCGUACAGCGAGUCGUUGUUUGCCCUGCUGAGCUUCUCGGGAUUGUACUGCUAUGUACGCGGAUACAUAAUAGUUUCUGGUGCGUGGAUGUUUUUGGCAAGCAUGGUGCGGAGUAAUGGGCUGUUGAACGGUGCAGUGUUUCUGCACGAUUUUUGGAGGAUUGGGUGGAGGUUUGUGGUUGGGGUGGAGAGGGGGUGGAGGGUAGUGGGGAGCUUGGCUGGGUUGGGGGUUGGGGGGUUGCUCGUUGGGGCUGGAUUGGCGCUUCCGCAGUGGCUUGCCUACGGGAGGUAUUGCCCUGCGGGUUCGGGUGCUGGGGAGCUCAGGAGUUGGUGCAACAACACGGUUCCUAGUAUUUACUUUUUUGUGCAGGAGCAGUAUUGGAACGUGGGCGUAUUCCGAUACUGGACAAUCCCCAACAUCCCGUUAUUCCUCCUCGCGACGCCAGCGCUGAUCGUCCUCAUCUGCUCUGGCAUAUGGGCCAUCUACGGUGGCGCUGGACCCGUCGUUAGAAAAUUGGCCAUCCCUCAGAUAUUGCUAGCACUCUUAGCGCUCUUGACAUACCACGUACAGAUCAUCACACGGUUGAGCAGCGGAUGUGUGGUCUGGUACUGGUGGGUUGCGUGCAUGAUUUGUGCUGACGAUGCCCGUGCAAAGUGGGUUGUGCGCUGGAUGAUUUUUUACGCUCUUAUUCAGGGGACUUUGUUCGCGGGUUUCUUGCCGCCGGCGUAA